UUAACCUUCAGAGCAUCAGUCCUGCUUUUCACUUUCAACGGUCUCUCUCUCUCUCUCAUGGCUCCUCCACGAAUACUACUAUGUGGCGACGUUUUAGGCCGUCUCAACCAGCUCUUCAAGCGAGUCAACUCAGUGAACAAAUCAGCGGGUCCUUUCGAUUCUCUUUUUUGCGUGGGCCAGUUCUUUCCGGACGAAACGGACCGACUUGAUGAAUUAAUGGAUUACGUCGAAGGCCGGGCCCAAAUUCCGCUCCCAACUUACUUUAUCGGCGAUUACGGCGUCGGUGCGGCCAAGGUUUUAUCGGCCGCUUCGAAGAACUCUGCCAACCAAGGAUUUAAAAUGGACGGUUUCAAGAUUUGCGACAAUUUGUUUUGGUUGAAAGGCAGCGGCAAGUUCACUCUCCAUGGUUUGUCUGUUGCUUACUUAUCUGGUAGGCAGUUGUCUAGUGGUCAACAGUUUGGAUCAUAUAGUGAAGAUGACAUUGACGCGUUGCGAGCAUUUGCGGAGGAACCUGGAAUAGUGGACUUGUUUUUAAGUAAUGAAUGGCCGAGUGGUGUCACAAAUAGAGCUGCUGUAUCGGAUAUUCCUUCAGGAAUGUCGGAUUCUUCUGGUAGUGAUUCCACUGUAUCCCAAUUAGUCGCAGAGAUCAAACCACGAUACAUGAUCCUUUCCUUUACCUAUAAUCUGCAUGGUCGAAGGCCUUACUCUCAGGGAGAUGUUACAAAUGAAAGCUAUCACAUUGCAGGUACUAAGGGUGCAUUUUAUGCUCGUGAACCUUAUUCGAAUGUUGAUGCUGUGCAUGUAACUCGGUUCUUGGGUCUUGCUUCUGUUGGGAAUAAAGAGAAGCAGAAAUUUCUUCAUGCACUUUCUCCAACUCCAUCAUCUGCUAUGUCAGCUGCUGAGAUCAGCACAAAGCCACCAAAUACUACCUUAUCACCAUAUGCAUUAGCAGACCAAGUAGAUCGUCCUAAAGAAGCCACAAAGAGGGCUGGUGAUAAUGCUCCUGAUUCACAAUACUGGAGAUAUGAUGUCUCGAACAAACGGCAAAAGCAUGGAAAUGGAGAUGGUAAUAAGGUGUGUUUUAAAUUUAUAUCUUCUGGGAGCUGUCCACGGGGAGAAAAGUGCAACUUUCAGCAUGACGUAGAUGCAAGGGAGCAAUUUUUGAGAGGUGUUUGCCUUGAUUUUAUAAUCAAAGGAAAAUGUGAAAAAGGUCCAGAUUGCAACUUUAAGCACAGUUUACAGGAUGAAGGUGAGAGUUACUCUCGUAAGAGACCUGGAUCUGGCAAUAAUAAUGCUAUCAGGUUGAAAGAGUGCUGGUUUUGUUUGUCUAGCCCAAAUGUGGAGAUACAUCUGGUGACUAGCAUAGGAGAGAAUUUUUAUUGUGCGCUAGCAAAAGGCCCACUUGUCCAAGAUCAUGUCCUGUUAAUUCCAGUUGAGCAUUUGCCAAAUACGCUUUGUUUAUCAGCAGAUGGUGAAAUUGAGCUUGGAAAAUUCCAGAACAGUGUCAAGAUGUAUUAUAAAAACCAGGGAAAGGAAGCUGUGUUCUUUGAGUGGAUAUCAAAACGUGGCACUCAUGCCAACCUUCAGGCUGUUCCUGUUCCAUCAUCCAAAGCAGCUGCUCUUAAAGACAUUUUUAAUUUGGCAGCUGAAAAGUUGGGUUUUGAAUUUGUUACCAAAAAAUUCAACAAUAAUUCUGAGGGGAGAAAAUGGUUGAGGACACAGUUUGAUAAGAAUCUUAGCUGCUUCUAUGUGGAACUCCCUGAAGGCUCAAUCCUAUCACAUUUGGUUGAGGAGAAUGAAAAGUUUCCUGCCCAAUUUGGACGUGAGGUUCUGGCAGGCCUACUGAACAUGGCAGAUAGAGCUGAUUGGAGGAAUUGUACUCUUGGAAAAGAAGAGGAAACAAAGCUGGCAGAAAAUUUCAAAAAACGGUUUGAGGUAUUUGAUCCGAGUCAUUGACUUUUAAAAAUUAUAUGAUGAUCCAACAGAAGAAUCACUGAUAUCAAUGAAGAGGAGCCUUGUGCUCAUAACAAAUUGUGUCCAAGGGUGUUCUUAAUCAGUUUGGAAGGAUGUUGAAUCCCUAGCGGCAAUGCAAUCAGGACAUCUUACAUUUCCUCUUGGAAUCUUUGAUUCCGACUAUGCCCGUGUUUAGUUGGCAUGGCCAUCUUAUAUUCCUGGGAAUGUAAGUUGCCAAACGGGAAGAUAUGAAACCCUUCCCCCCUUUGGUCAGGGCUUUUUCCAGGAAUCCAAAAUUUUUUACCAUUGUUCGUUGAAUUUUGUUUCAGUCCGAAUUACCCUUCAAUGUAAGCUGAAAUUUUAACUAAACUAGCUUCCAUUAUACUAGUCCCUGCACGAUGCCUCCUAAUUGUAUAAUAUUUUAAAGAACUGGUGAAAUCCUUUAAUCAAGAGCUGCGUAGCCUUCAGAGUCA